AUGUCGAAUUAUCAUUUAGUCAUUUUAGUUCAUGGUGUUUGGGGUAAUUCUUCUCAUCUUGCCUAUGUUGAAAAACAAAUUCAUGAAAACAUUCAUUCUUAUGAUGGAACUAUAAUUCAUACCCACAAGACAGGAUCACACCUGGGUUAUUUGACUUAUGAUGGAAUUGAUGUUAAUGGGAAAAGAAUAUCUGAUGAAGUAUGGGAACAAACAAAAUUGAUUGAAGAAAAAGGUGGUAAGGUUAUUAAGUUUUCCGUUGUCGGGUAUUCCUUGGGAGGUUUGAUCUCGAGAUAUUGUAUUGGUUAUCUCAGUAGUCAAGGCUAUUUUGAUGAUGUCGAGCCAAUAAACUUUACAACCUUCUGUACACCACACGUGGGAGUACUGGUACCUCAAAGUCAUAAUUUCUCAGCCCGAUUAUACAAUAGAAUAGCUCCAUUGUUUCUAGCUGAUACUGGAGCUCAGUUUUUCCUUCGAGAUAAAGUUGGAGAAUUUGGUAAACCAUUGUUGGUAUGGAUGGCCGAUCCUAGAUCCAAAUUCUAUAAGGCAUUAGCAAAAUUCAAGUAUAAAUCACUUUAUGCCAAUGUUGUCAAUGAUAAGCGGUGCUCGUGGUAUACUGCUUCCAUCUCUCCAGAUGAUAAAGUUAAUUCACUGUAUAAUAAAAACCCAGAAAAUAUCAAUUGCAAAUAUAUAAAGGGAUACCAACCAAAUGUCAUUGAUGUUACCAAACCAUGUUAUUAUGAUAAAGCUAACAACUUGAAGGGAACGACAAAUUAUCGAUUCAAAUGGUUUUGGAAGACUUUAAAUUGGAUCAAAUUGAUAGGAACAAUUGCUGUAUAUUCACCGAUUUUUAUUAUAACUUCAAUUGUGCAAAGGAUAUAUAAUAGGAAAAGAGUAAGUGAGUUUUUCAAAAAUGAAUCAAAUGAUUUAUUACACAUGUAUGAACAUGAAGGAGGAGAAGAAGAGCAUCCUUCUGUGUUUGCAGAUAUUUCUAAUAAAGUUGAUGAUGAACAAGAAACAUUGGUUGAAGACAUUUAUGACGCCAUGAAUUGGAGAGUUAGUCAUUCAUCAGCUUUCCCACCCAUAAAAUUAGAUCGUGAUCAAUCCUAUAUUGUUGAAAAAUUAAAUACAAUUAGUUGGAAGAAAUACCCCAUUAUUAUUAGACACACUAAAGGUACUCAUGGUGCAGCUAUUAUAAAGCAUUAUGAUCCGAAUUUUGAUGAAGGUGAAGUUAUAGUGAGACAUUUUGUUAAGGAAGUAUUUAAGUUAGAAUAG